AGCUUUCGUUUUACGGGUCGAGCGGUUUCGCGCGCAAUCCCGCCGUCGCCGAGAGUGCGUCGAAUACGAACUUCGCUCACAUCGAUCACAACAUAAACAAACAAUCAACCGUUCCGUUGCGAUGCACUAAUGAAUAAUCGUAAUAGGAAAAAAAUUAAUAAAUAAUCUAUCCACUCACGUGGUAUAUUGUUUCACGAUCGGAGAGCGUGUUCUUUUUUUUCGUGCGCACAUAGUUAAUUUCGCGAAAUUUUUUUUUUCUUUUUGCAUCGAUGAUGGCAUUUUACAGGACAUCUGGUCCGAUGACGUUCUACGGAGACGAUUAUCGGCCGGACGAUGAGCCGCCACCGGAGGCCGUCCUGGAAGAGAAACGGAUCCUGGAACACCAAUUCCGUCGUCCAUCGCCGUCGCGGUGGUCCUCGUCCACAACAUCGUCGUCCACCAUCCGGCCGCCAGCCGCGGUCAGGCACAGCGCGAACCGGUCGCUGCGCGCCAAGCCGUCCGGUAGCUCGCCCAGGCGGAGUCUACAACGGUCGUCGGCAUUCAGCAACCGGAGAUCAACGACGACGGCUAUCACAGACCGCGGACGGACAGCUUCCAUGCCGGCCGUACCAGUUAUCAGGCCUAGUCUCGGGAACGUGCCCAGACCGGACGGUCCAGCGCUCGAGGAGUACCGACUACGCAGUUUUUCCAUCACCGCCAGCGGCGUGUGCAACCUGGGUGACUUCGUGCGGUACGGGUCACCGCCGUCGUCCACCCGGCACCACAAACCAAUCGGGAAAAGGGAGAGUUGCCCCGCGUCCGUUUCCAGCACGCCGCAGCACGUGCAACAAAACAACGCGGGCGCCGUCUCCACGGCCGCCGCCACCGCCACCACGGCCACCGCUAAUUCGCACACGGUUUGCACGGAAUUCUCCAGAUUCCGAAAGCCCAGCACGGCGCUCAUAAAUAAGUUCAAAGCCAAUGACACGGUGGAAUCGUACAAGGUGGCGUUGCUAGGGGCUCCGGGAGUCGGCAAAACCACGAUAUCCGUACAGUUUUCCACAUCCGAUUACAUAUGUGUUUACGACACUUCCAUAGAUGAAGACUGCGCUUGCCGGACCAUCAGAGUGAUGAUAAACGGACAAGAAGCUGAACUAACCAUCAUCGACAUACCAUACGUGGAGAUGUCGAUUGAAACACUUUGCUCGACGUACAACCCAAAUGUAUUCAUUGUAAUGUACUCGGUAGUAGACGAAAGAAGUUUUGAAAUAGCAGAACAGAUGCUGCUGUUUUUGUGGAAAGGAGAGUACAUCCACACUAAAGGUGUAAUAUUGGUUGGUAACAAAUCAGACUUGGAACGAACGAGAAAAAUCCAAACGAAUGUUGGACGGAAUCUGGCGUACAGUUGGAACUGUAAAUUUAUCGAAACAUCUAGUGGCAUUGAUCAUAAUGUAGACAAGCUGUUGGUCGGUAUAUUAGCGCAAAUCAAGUUAAACCCAAUCAGAGAAAGGAUGUAUAACAGUAAAAGAAAAAAAUAUAGCAUUACAAAAUUAUACAAAGAUUUUUUGGCCUACCUAAGAGGUGUCAAGUCCAGUGAAAAUUUGUUCAGUAUAUGAUUUUUUUUAUUUAUUUUUUUUUUUCAUUGUGUUUCAAAAUGUUUUAUGAGGACCAAUUUCUUUCACUAAGAUCCGAUUUAUAUUUUUCCCCGAGUACAAGUACUACAUUUUUUAUAUAAAUAGUAUAUUCAA